GCGCCAAACCUCACGUGGUCUCGCUUUUCGCGCGAAACGGCUCCCUGUUGUCUGGAGGAAAGUGUGCUGCUGCUGUGCGUGAAUUACCACCGGGAGAAACGAGCUGUUCGGUCCAGGAAUUUUACCAGCAACAUUUAAUAAACCCACUCACUGCAGCAUGGACGUUGCUACAGCAACCGCGGAGAAUGCCGGGACGAUGGUGAAAGACGAGUUGGCGGAAAAGUGCCAGAAGUUGUUUCAAGCUUUCUUAGAGGAAUUUCAGACCGGGGACGGGGAGGUGAAAUACGUCCGGGAGGCAGAGGAGCUGAUCAGGCCCGAGAGGAACACCCUGCUGGUGAGCUUCACUGAUCUGGAGGGCUUCAACCAGGAGCUGGCCACCACCAUCCAGGAGGAGUACUACAGGGUGUAUCCCUACCUCUGCCGGGCUGUACGCAACUUUGCGCGAGAUCACGGGAACGUUCCUCUCAACAAAGAGUUCUACGUGGCCAUCGAGGAGCUUCCCACCAGACACAAGAUCCGGGAGCUGUCUUCCAUGCGUAUCGGCACCCUGGUGAAGAUCAGUGGUCAGGUGGUGAGGACUCACCCGGUCCACCCUGAGCUGGUGAGCGGUACCUUCCUGUGCAUGGACUGCCAGGCAGUGAUCAAAGAUGUCCCUCAGCAGUUCAAAUACUCCCCUCCAACCAUCUGCAGGAACACCGUCUGCAACAAUCGCUCCCGCUUCCACCUCGACACCCACAAAUCCAAGUUCAUCGACUUUCAGAAGGUGCGUAUCCAGGAGACGCAGGCGGAGCUCCCUCGAGGUUCAAUCCCACGGUCACUCGAGAUCGUUCUGAGGGCAGAGGCUGUGGAGAUGGCGCAGGCUGGAGACCGCUGUGACUUCACCGGGACCCUCAUCGUGGUGCCGGACGUCUCUCAGCUCAGCACUCCUGGUGUUCGAGCAGAGUCCAGCACCCGUGUACCUGGAGGUCCUCAGGGCUUCGAGUCGGAGGGUUUGAGAGGACUGAAAGCUCUGGGAGUCAGAGAGCUGUCGUACAGGCUGGCUUUCCUGGCCUGCAACGUGGCCCCAACCAACCCACGAUUUGGUGGGAAGGAGCUACGGGAUGAGGAACAAACCGCUGAAAGCAUCAAGAGCCAGAUGACUGAGAAGGAGUGGGAGAAGGUGUUUGAGAUGAGCCAGGACAAGAACCUGUACCACAACCUGUGCACCAGCCUCUUCCCCACCAUCCACGGCAACGAUGAGGUGAAGCGCGGCAUCCUGCUGAUGCUGUUCGGAGGCGUUCCCAAGACAACGAUGGAGGAAACCUCCCUGAGAGGAGACGUCAAUGUCUGCAUCGUCGGAGACCCAAGCACCGCAAAGAGCCAGUUCCUGAAGCACGUGGAGGAGUUCAGUCCCAGAGCGGUGUACACCAGCGGAAAGGCCAGCACCGCUGCAGGUCUGACGGCGGCUGUGGUCCGCGAUGAGGAGUCGCACGAGUUUGUCAUCGAGGCUGGAGCGCUGAUGCUCGCGGACAACGGAGUUUGUUGCAUUGAUGAGUUUGAUAAGAUGGACAUAAAGGACCAGGUGGCCAUCCAUGAAGCCAUGGAGCAGCAGACCAUCAGCAUCACCAAGGCUGGAGUCAAGGCUACUCUGAACGCACGCACGUCCAUCCUGGCUGCUGCCAACCCCGUCAACGGGCGCUACGACCGCAGCAAGAGCCUGAAGCAGAACGUCAACCUGACCGCCCCCAUCAUGAGCCGCUUCGACCUCUUCUUCAUCCUGGUGGAUGAGUGUAAUGAGGUCACAGAUUACGCCAUCGCCAGGAGAAUCGUGGACCUGCACUCCCGGGUGGAGGAGUCCGUGGACAGACUGUACUCCUUAGAUGAAAUCCGCAGAUACCUGCUUUUUGCUCGGCAGUUUAAACCCAAGAUCUCCGGUGAGUCUGAGGAGUUCAUUGUCGAGCAGUACAAGCGUCUGCGUCAGCGCGACGGCUCUGGGAGCGUGUCCAAAUCCGCCUGGAGGAUUACGGUGCGGCAGCUGGAGAGCAUGAUCCGCCUGUCUGAGGCCAUGGCACGCAUGCACUGCUGUGAUGAGGUGCAGCCCAAACACGUGAAGGAAGCUUUCCGUCUCCUAAACAAGUCCAUCAUCCGAGUGGAGACGCCCGACAUCAACCUGGAUCAGGAGGAUGAAUUUGAGGACGAGGAGCAGCAGGAGGAAGUCAACAAUGUACCAAAUGGUGUCGACGAUCAUGUUAAUGGGAUUAAUGGUCAUGCCAGUGGCGUGAAUGGUCACGCGGAGCAUGACAGCCAACCCAAACCUUCUCUGCGUUUGUCUUUUGCCGAGUACAAACGCAUCUCCAACCUGUUGGUGCUGCAUCUGCGCAGAACAGAGGACGCCGAUCAAGAGGAGGAGCUGAGGAAAAAUGCAGUGAUAAACUGGUAUCUGAAGGAGAUCGAGUCAGAUAUCGACUCUGAGGAAGAGCUGAUCAAUAAGAAGGCUCUGAUAGAGAAGGUCAUCCAGAGGCUGGUCCACUACGAUCACAUCCUCAUCGAGCUGUCUCAGGCUGGACUAAAGGGCUCUGAGGCUGAGAGCACAGAGGAAGACGUUGUUCUGGUCGUUAAUCCCAACUACAUCCUGGAGGAUUAAACCAUCUGCUCUGGAUGUUCAUGGUGUUCUGCUGAAGAUCGCAUGACUUUGGAGAUGCUGUUAGACCAUCUUUUGGAGGUGGCCCCUGCUGUACAAAGAUGAACUAUGGAGGCUCCUAAAAGAUGAGAUGUAAAUACGCUGCUUUGUGUAGUUUGCUCCACUGACUGUUAUGAGUCAGUAGAACCUCUGGACUGUGUGAUGACUUUCUAAUAAGAUGGUUUCCACUUGUUGCUGGUUUUGUAAUAUGGUGACAGGAAGUGUACGCUUGUUUACUCAAUAAAAUGUUAAUGUAAA